AUGUUAGAAAAUGCAUUAGCUAGGGGAAAGAUUAUAGCUAAUACAAAUUAUAAUUCAAAUAUAUUUACUAUUUCAAAGGAUGAACUUGAAACUCUUCUUAACGAUUGGGGGGACAGUUAUCCGGAAUUAAAGAAGGUCUUAUCACGUUGGAAAUUUGGAAGCUUCGAUGAUGAUGAUGAUAUUCGUACUAAUAAAACUUUUAAAUCCGAAAUCUUCGAGAGGGGCAAAGAUAUUUUCUUUAUUUUCUUGGGAAUUCGUCCAAAAUCAAAUGGAAAUAAGUUACAAUGCUUUGAAUUGACUGCUAAUUGUAAAUUCGAAGCGCCCCAACUGCAAAGCGGGUUGGAAGGAAUUGGUCUUUAUGGAAGAACUGUUUUGGCAAUAGGUUCUCUUGGAAU